AUCGGAUGAAUGAUCUCUCUGUUCUUAGAAGUUAAACAUGGUGUUCUAAUGGCAAAGACAAUGUGUUGGAUUGGUUGGGUCAAGAGGCUUUUUGGUUCUGACCCAAAAACUAAAUCAGAAAAGAAAUCUAGAAAGUGGAGAUGGGUUACUCAAAGAUUCAAGGUUAAGAGGUGCCAAGUGAUUGCACCACCACAACCACCACCACAAACAGCUCUGAAUGAAGCAACGGAUGAGAGGAGGAGACAGGCUUUGAGUGUUGCUGCUGCCACAGCUGCUGCAGCUGAGGCUGCCGUUGCAGCUGCCAAUGCCGCGGCCGAGGUUGUCCGCCUUACGGCCGCCUCGGACUCCUACUGUUCGUUCUCGAUGAGAGAUCGAAUCUCGGCUGCCCUUAAGAUUCAAAGCUAUUUCAGGGGAUAUCUGGCAAAGAAGGCCUUGAGAGCACUUAAGGGAAUAGUGAAACUUCAAGCAAUAGUUCGCGGCCGAGCCGUGAGACGUCGAAUUGACGCCGUUUUGAACCGACCAAUGAUAAUCGAGGAAAGAAGGAAUUCAAAUGUGUUUCAGAAGAAAAGUUUCAUUGCAGAAAGAAGUUGCAAUAGCUGUGGGAAGAAGGUGUUCAUCCAGCCAAAAGAGGAGUUUGAGGAGGAUGAAUUAAAGCUUGAUUUGAACAGCCUAAGAAACUGGGAUGGCAGCAGUCUCUCCAAAAGGGGCAUUGAAGCCUUGCAUUUAAGAAAGCAAGAGGCAAUGAUGAAAAGGGAAAGAAUGUUGAAAUAUUCAUUUUCACACCGAGAAGGAAGAAACAUCCAAAUGACAGAAGAAAGUCCAAGGAGAAGUUUGAGGCCAAGUGUGCACAUAAGUUUAGUAAGUGAUGUGAAUAUGAGCUCACAAUACUCAUCGCCAAGAAGAUCAUUCGGCCAUUUGAAGCAUAAUUGCUCAUCAGGCGGUGGUGGCUAUGAGGGCUGCAUGCCCACAAGCUGCUCGCCGGUGUUCCCAACGUAUAUGGCGGUGACAGAGUCUGCUAAGGCUAAGACAAGGUCAAUCAGCACUCCUAAGCAAAGGCUAUCAUUUCUUAAUGAUGUCUCCUUUUGGUCAUCUUAUGAGGGAGAGUUUAUGAGGAAUAUGUCUAAUCAAGUUUGA